GUCACUCUCUCUCUUUCUCGCUCUCUCGUCGACAUCGAUGGACUCAUAUCAAAUUAGGGUUCCACUGUGUGUGAGUUCGCGGGACUGUAUUUGCGGGAACUAACUUUCGCGGUCGGUACUGUCGUCACGAAAUUCAAUUGUGGGGGGUGUGUAAUUUGGCUUGCAUGUGCGCUCUUGUGGAACUAAUUUCUUGAGGCGAAGGGACAAGCUAGUGGCGCGGGUGAUGACUUAGUCACAGUUUUUGGGGUUGUGAGAUUUGGUGAGAGGGUCCCCGGUUGUUUAUAUCGUAGUAUUUGUGGUGGAGAAGUUGUGGUUGUGGGUAGGGAGAAAUGGCGAAUCUGAUGAGUGAGCUCGAGAGGUUCGAGCAGGAGAUGAAGGACCUUGGAUCAGAGACUUCGCAAUUGCUUCCACCUCCUCCUCCUCCUCCUCCUCGCGUUGGAAUAAGAGGUCAUCUACCUCCACUUCCUCCCCCACCACCUAUUGUUGGACCAACGGCUAACACACCUACGACUGCUUUUUUGGUGCCUCCGCCACCCCCGCCCCGUUUGACACCCGCGGGAACUCUCGUUGCUCCGCCACAACCUGCUCCCCGCGGACCUUCUUCAGCAGUGGCUCCCACAUUACCUCUCCCACCUCCGCCUCCUUCGUCUGGACCCCAAUAUUCCUAUCCUGCUACCUCGGCAGCACCCUCGUAUGCCCCAGCCCCACCUCCUCCUCCUCCUGCUGCGACGAGUUCUUAUUUCCCGGUUCCUUUUCAUUUACAGCAACAAUAUCAAGCACCACCACAGCAAUAUAAUCCAGCUUCACAAACUACGUAUCAAGCACAGCCUCAAACUCAUGCUCAAGCAGUUCAGUCAAGUGUCUCAACAACCCCCUAUCAGUACUCGACGUUGUACACACCUGCCACUGCCGCUGCUACACUGUCAGUGGAGCCAACCGUUUAUCCUCUUCCUCAACAACAACAAGCUCAACAGCUUUUUCAAAGAGAUGCACAAACUAUCACACCAGAGGCUCUCGAAAGUGUGAAGGCUGCUUUGGCCAGUGGUGAGGGUGAUCAAAAAGCUGAGACGAAGAAAAAAGCGGUCCCUCGGAAAGCUGCAGGACAGACGUGGGAGGAUCCUACUCUCGCUGAGUGGCCAGAAAAUGAUCACCGUCUUUUCUGUGGCGACUUGGGUAACGAAGUGAAUGACGAGGUUUUAACAAAAGCCUUCACACGCUUCUCUUCUUUCAAUAUGGCCCGAGUUGUACGGGAUAAACGCACAGGGAAGACCAAAGGUUUCGGCUUCGUCAGUUUUGCAAACCCUUCUGAUCUUGCAUUAGCUUUGAAAGAAAUGAACGGCAAAUACGUUGGGAAUAGGCCCAUCAAACUGCGAAAGAGCACUUGGAAGGAGCGGAUUGAUACAGAAGCGCUGCAGCAUUCGAGGCAUAACAAGCGUCAGAAGACGAACAAAAAGAACAUCUUGCAUAAGUAGCCGAGUGCAAUUUAAUUGCGUUUCGUCAAUUGGGUGCCUUAAUCAAGUGGAGCUUGAUCCUGGAUGUGGAUUUGUCCCAUGAAGGUUUUCCGAGUUGAUGGAAAAGCCGGAGCGUAGCGAUUGCGGAUGUUCAGUUACAUGAUGCCACAUUUCGUGAAUAGAAGCACUGGUCUUGUGUGUACAAAAUUCUUAGGUAAUAGAUUGUCACUUGUUUACAACUGUUUUAUAUAAAAAAAAGAUUUUUUCUGCAGAUGGA